AUUUUUCCAAUCUUUUUGCCAGAUAUUUUCAACUAUUUCAUUAAUACACCAGCUUGCGAUGAACAACCCAAUGCAAACUACCGAAGCAUAGUGGAAGGCCAAAAUUAUCUGAGUUCAGGAUGGAUUGGCAUGAUCCAGCAUAAGCUUGUUGGAAGUAAAAUUAUUAUGAAAGGUUGUGUACGCUACUCUCAGGCGAUUAACAGUUAUCACUCUGUUGAAAUAACUGUUAAAGGCACAACAAUUACAGGAGUGAAAUGCGAUUGUAUUGCCUCUGAAGGUAAAUGCAGCCAUUCUGCAGGACUUGCAUUUAAAAUCGAGGCCAACAAGAAAGACUUUAUUGGCAUGGCAUGCACCAAUCAGCCAUGCAAGUGGAAUAAAAGCACACAACAAAAUGCGUUGCCUGAUAGCAUAGAAAAUAUACGCAGCAUUAAAAAAAGAUCCACCGAGAACAGCAUGUUAAGUUUUGAAACAGAUGCUGACGUUAUUCAACAUCUUUCCUCAUCACAUCUUAAGAAUCUGUCAGGCAUACAAGGAACAAUCCUAAAUCAAAUUGCUACAAGAAAACCAACAGGUGCCACAAUAAAUGCUUUUAAUUUUGUCCAUGGAUUUUCAAUCCAAUUUCAAAACACUUGGGUCAAAUCCUAAAAAGUGUAUCCCGUGGCAGCCAGAAUAUUAUAUUAUGUUUCAUAUACGAUGCUAUUACUGGAAUCCAUGAACCAAAUAUAUUGCAUGCUGUUGAUUGACAUAUGUUGAAACGGACACCAAGAUCAGUAAACAUUAAUCCUAAUCGAAUUCUCAUUAGAACUCAGUAAAAUUUGGUUUUCUACUUUAAAGCCCC